GGAGCAUCUUCUCCCUGUGACGUCAUGACAGCAGCAUCAGCUGUUAGCAACGCUGUAAGCCUUUCUGCCGCCGAUCGCUUCCUGCAUAAAGGAAAUAUAUGAGAUCCCCUCUAAUCCCUGAAAUGGCGACACAGGAGGUACAGCUGAACGAGACUCUGGCUCAUCUCAAAACGGAGUCGGAGACGCUGAAGUCGAAGCUGGAGGAGGAAAGAGCGAAGCUGCACGAUGUCGAGCUGCAUCAGGUAGCAGAAAAGGUGGAAGGGCUGGGUCAGUUUGUCAUGAAGACCCGCAGAACUCUGAAAGGACAUGGAAACAAAGUCUUGUGCAUGGACUGGUGUAAGGACAAGAGGAGAAUCGUCAGCUCCUCACAGGAUGGGAAAGUGAUUGUGUGGGAUGCUUUCACUACCAACAAGGAGCAUGCUGUGACAAUGCCUUGCACCUGGGUGAUGGCCUGUGCCUAUGCCCCCUCUGGCUGUGCUGUAGCUUGUGGGGGCCUGGACAAUAAGUGCUCAGUGUAUCCACUCUCCCUUGACAAAAAUGAGAACCUGGCUGCAAAGAAGAAGUCUGUGGCCAUGCACACAAAUUAUCUGUCUGCCUGUAGCUUCACCAACUCAGACAUGCAGAUCCUGACAUCCAGUGGGGAUGGAACAUGUGCAUUAUGGGAUGUUGAGAGUGGACAGCUGUUGCAGAGUUUCCAUGGGCAUGCAGCAGAUGUGCUCUGCCUGGACUUGGCCCCAUCUGAGACUGGAAACACAUUUGUUUCAGGGGGCUGCGAUAAGAAGGCUAAUGUGUGGGAUAUGCGCUCAGGGCAGUGUAUUCAGUCCUUUGAAACUCAUGAAUCUGACAUUAAUAGUGUGCGAUACUAUCCCAGUGGAGAUGCUUUUGCAUCUGGUUCAGAUGAUGCUACAUGCCGCCUGUAUGACUUAAGAGCAGACAGAGAAGUGGCUAUUUAUUCCAAAGAGAGCAUUAUAUUUGGAGUCUCUAGUGUUGAUUUCUCCCUCAGUGGCCGGCUUCUGUUUGGUGGCUACAAUGACUAUACCAUAAACGUCUGGGAUGUUCUCAAAGGAACACGAGUCUCUAUUUUGUUUGGACACGAGAACCGUGUCAGCACACUGCGUGUUUCCCCGGAUGGGACAGCCUUCUGCACAGGAUCCUGGGACCACACUCUUCGGAUCUGGGCCUAAGCAUCAAGACACAAAGAAUUAGUAAAUAGUUGACAGACCUUUUGAAGGCACACUGAUGUUUCUGUUUGCUAGAGUACAAUCACAAAGAUAGAGACUCAGUUUUGGUUGUACAUAGGGUAUAUUAAUAGCAUUGUAUAUAAUCCAGUCUCCUGGUCAGGGUAGAUCUACAUAAUUCAAAGAGUAAUUUAACCAAAUGACAUGCUUGUAUUACAGUAGGACUUAAAAAAAUGCACAGAGGUACUUAUGGUUACAACUUAUGGUGUAAAAGCAUAUUGCAGAAAAUAUCCAUGAUAGUGAUUUGCAUUGGCCUAGGGUAGAAGUGACACAAUAAAGUGAUGUAUUGUAUACGCCCACAUACAGGACGAUAUUUGUUUAUGAAUUUAUUUUUUACUUGUUUGUGAUGAUGAAAAAUCCGGUCUGAGGGGAAAAACUAAAUAAAUAAGAAUAAAUCUGACCGAUUAGACAAAAAGGAGGAGGGGUGUUUGUAGUAAUAAUAGUGAAGGUGAUUAGAGUGACUUGUAAAAAUUGAUAUUAUUCACUUUAUAACUAAUUUAAAAUAGAUGUUAUAAAAGGAGGGAGUGUUGGGUUAAAACACUAUGAAUAAAACAAAAAAAUUUAAGUUUGUUAAAGAUUAAAAAAAAAAAGAAGAAGAAAAUGCUAUGUGUACCCAAUAAAGAUUUUUUUGAUUCUUAACAACUCAAAUGCCAAUAUUAUACUAAAGCAAAGAAAGCACAUUUACAAGUUAACUUUUAUUAUGUUGAUUUUUAAUCUCUGUGAUGGUUUACCUCUCAUGUUUGCUUCCUGCUGUGGAAGUCACUUUAAGCCACUACUCAAUGUGCACAUUCAGUGGCUAGAGGCACCUGGAUUUGUGGCUCCCCACUAGCAUUCUACAUACUUAUUUAUCAGAAUGUACUCCUUCCCACGCAGUUGUCAAAUGGCUGUAAUUUAAUUUUUGCUGUAAUUAUUUUAUUUUAGUUUAGUGUACAGAUAUACAAUGGACUGUUAAUCAAAAACAUUACGAAAAUAAUAAAGUUUUGAAUAUCA